AUGGAAGCCUCGAUGGAGCUAACCGUUCACCACCACGGUACCCCGCAUACCUUCGCCCUCCCAUCAUCAGCAACACUACAAGACCUAUCCACCGAAAUAGAGAGCACCCUCAACAUCCCAACAGACAACCAAAAGCUCCUAAUAGCCCCAAAACCAGGAAUGCAAAAAGCGCCGUUCCCCCCAACACGGCUAGACAGCAUCCUCCAAACAACAUCCCCAAAAUUCAAAAUCACCCUGCUCGGCACACCAGCCCAAGCAAUCGCCGACCUACACGAACAAUCCGCCAGCGAAAAGCGCCGCCGAGAAGCGCGAGCAACGCACCUGGCAGCAGCAAGACGCAACAAACCGGCCACCACAACCCGCCCAAGCGGCGUGCACACCCUCUCCUCCUCAAGCAACAACUACACCUUCCACCGCCUCCUCCCACUCUCCUACCUACCCAACCCAGACCGCUCACUCGACUUCCUCAAACGCCUCCGCGACGAUCCAGGCAUUCGCACCGCAAUGGCCAAACACAAAUUCUCCGUCCCGCUCUUGACAGAGAUGAACCCGGCAGAGCAUACAACCAGCGAAUCUCGGACGCUGGGUCUAAACCGGAAUAAGGGCGAGGUUAUUGAAUUGCGGCUGCGGACGGAUGCGUAUGAUGGAUAUCGCGAUUAUCGGACUAUUCGGAAGACGCUUUGUCAUGAGCUGGCGCAUUGUGUGUUUGGGCCUCAUGAUCGCGAUUUUUGGAAUUUGACAGCGCAGAUUGAGAAGGAGGUUGAGAGUGGGGAUUGGAAGUCUGGUGGUCAUAGUGUUUCUGGGCAGGAGUUUUAUAAUCCGCGUGAUUGGGAGAGUGUGCAGGGUGCGGAGGGAGAGUUUGUUGAUGAGUGUGGGUGGACGGGGGGUGAGUUUGUUCUUGGUGGGUUGAGGGAGGAUGAGGCUGGGAGGAGGGCUGGGGCUGGGGCGUCUGGUGCUGAGUCCAGGAGGGAGAUUAUGGCUAGGGCUGCUGAGGAGAGGAUGAAGAAGGAGGAGAGGACUGGGAAGCAGGAUGAUGCUAUGUGA